AUGAGACAGACGUUUGGGACGCCGCCCAUCAAAGAGAACCUUUGUGCCUCUCUGUCUAGUGUCACUGUUACUCUGUGUCUUAUCACUCUCCUCCUGAUGGCCAUCAGGGGCCGAAAGAGCCAUCACAAAUCCCAAUUGGACCACACAAAAUAUCUUCCUCUUCCUGGCCCUACACCAUGGCCCCUUGUUGGCAAUCUGCUACAGAUGGGGGACCAGAUUCAUCUUUCUCUAACCCACUUGAGGCUCCAGUACGGCGAUGUUUUCAAGAUGCGUCUGGGCUCUUUGACCGUUGUUGUCCUGAGUGGAUACAGCACCAUCAGACAGGCUCUGGUUCGGCAGGGAGAAGCUUUUGCCGGAAGGCCUGACCUGUUCACCUUUUCUGCCGUGGCCAACGGGACCAGCAUGACCUUCAGUGAGAAGUACGGACCGGCCUGGAUGCUCCAUAAGAAGCUGUGUAAGAACGCCCUCAGGUCUUUCUCCCAGGCUGAGCCCAGAGGGUCUGGGGCCAGCUGCCUGUUGGAGGAGCAGGUCUGUGCGGAGGCAGCUGAGAUGGUGAAGGUGAUUCGGGAACAGGCUGCUGCCAAAGGGGACCAAGAAAAGACGGGUAUAGAUCCGGUGAGGCCCCUGGUAACCUCAGUGGCAAAUGUUGUCUGUGCCCUCUGUUUUGGGAAAAGGUACGACUACAACGACAAGGAGUUCCUCACAAUGGUUCACAUCAACAACGAGGUCCUGAGGAUCUUUGCUGCGGGGAACCUGGCAGAUUUCUUCCCAGUAUUUCGCUACUUUCCUAGUCCAUCUCUUAGGAAGAUGGUCCAGCACAUUCGAAGGAUGAACGGAUUCAUGGAGCGGAGCAUUGAGGAACACAUCGACACCUUCGAUAAUAAGUAUAUCCGGGACAUUACAGAUUCUCUGAUUGAACUGUGUGAAGACAGAGAAGAAAAUACGGAUUCCUCUUUGCUCUCCAACUCUCAAAUCAUUCACACCGUCAUAGACAUCUUCGGAGCAGGAUUUGACACCAUCAUUGCGGGUUUACAGUGGAGCCUGUUGUACCUGAUUACGUUUCCAGACAUCCAAGACAGAGUACACCAGGAGAUAGACAACCACAUUGGCACAGCCAGACUGCCCAGGUUUUCAGAUAAGCCCAAUAUGCCUUUCACAGAGGCGUUCAUAUAUGAAGUGUAUCGCUAUGCUUCAUACGUCCCUUUCACAAUCCCUCACUGCACCACGAGAAACGUCAGUCUGAAUGGUUACUUCAUCCCCAAAGAUACAUGUGUCUUCAUUAACCAGUACCAAGUCAAUCAUGAUGUAGAUCUUUGGGCUGACCCGGACACAUUUCGCCCUGAUCGCUUCCUGGGUCCCUCGGGACUCCUCAACAAGGAGCUGACGGAGAAGGUUCUCAUCUUUGGGAUGGGGAAGAGACGCUGCCUCGGUGAUGGUUUUGCGCGUUUGGAGAUGUUUAUCUUUAUCACCACGCUGCUCCACGGGCUGCGGCUUGAAAAUGUUCCCGGACAGGAGCUGGAUCUCAGCACUGAUUUUGGACUGACUAUGAAGCCGCGUCCGUACAGGAUUACCAUCUCCUCAAGGUUUUAG